CGGCAGCGCUGGCCCCGAGGGCGCGCGGGAGCCGCCUUGGGCCUCGCUGCCGCCGUGCGACGAGCGCCGCUGCUCCACUUUCCCCCUGAGGACGCUGGUGCCGGUGACCGUCGUGUGCCUGGGCCUGUUCGCCGUCGGGGUGAGCGGGAACGUGGUGACCGUGCUGCUGAUCGGGCGCUACCGGGACAUGCGGACCACCACCAACUUGUACCUGGGCAGCAUGGCCGUGUCCGACCUGCUCAUCCUUCUCGGGCUCCCCUUCGACCUGUACCGCCUCUGGCGCUCCCGGCCCUGGGUGUUCGGGUCGCUGCUCUGCCGCCUGUCCCUGUACCUGGGCGAGGGCUGCACCUACGCCACUCUGCUGCACAUGACAGCCCUCAGCGUCGAGCGCUACCUGGCCAUCUGCCGUCCGCUGCGUGCCCGCGUCCUCAUCACCCGGCGCCGCGUCCGCGCGCUCAUCGGUGCUCUCUGGGCGGUGGCCCUGCUCUCCGCCGGACCCUUCUUUUUUCUGGUGGACGUCGAGCAGGACCCCAGCAUCUACCCGAUCGUGGACCUUAACGGCACUGAGCAACACACCUUCUUGUCCAGCGUGCCGCCGCCCCUCUUGCCUUCGCGGGCGCCACUGUCGUCCCCGCUCUCUGGACCUGAGGCUGCAGCGGCCGCGGCGCUGUUCAGCCGCGAGUGCAGGCCAAGCCGCGCACGGUUGGGUACAUUGCGGGUCAUGCUGUGGGUUACCACUGCCUACUUCUUCCUGCCCUUCCUGUGCCUCAGUGUCCUCUACGGGCUCAUCGGGCGAGAGCUGUGGAAGAACCGAGAUCCCCUGCAAGGUCCUGCCGCCCUGGGGCGGGAGAGGAGCCACCGGCAGACAGUCCGCGUCCUGCUGGUGGUGGUUUUGGCAUUUGUAGCUUGCUGGUUGCCUUUCCACGUUGGCAGAAUCAUUUACAUAAACACCAAAGAUUCCCGGAUGAUGUACUUCUCUCAGUACUUCAACAUUGUCGCUCUGCAACUAUUCUAUCUGAGUGCAUCCAUCAACCCAAUCCUCUACAACCUCAUUUCCAAGAAGUACAGAGCAGCCGCCCGUAAACUGCUGCUUGCAAAACGGUCCAAACCAAGAGGUUUCUGCAGAAGCAAGGACACUGGGGGGGACCCUGGGGGAGACACUGGAGUUACAGUUGGCUACACAGAGACCAGUGCUAACACAAAGACAAUGGCCUAACCAGCACAGCUGAGCCAAUUACAAGACUUUGGAGACAACAGGUCUGUAGAGAAAUAAAGAUAGAAAGUGGGGUAUGAAUGCUGUUUAAGAAUGAGAGUUGUUGAAAUUUUGCAAGUUGGUUAGAAAUUGUUGGCAUGAUUUUUUUUAAAUCAAAGUAUAAAAUGUAUCUGUACCAGUUAUUACAGGUUCCCUUUCAUAUAUCUGUAUUCACUUUAGCAUCAUGAAAUCCCACAUCUAUAGUGUGUCUGGAAGAGGUUUUCUAAGUCUUCAUUCAUUCUACUCUGGGAAUAAGAUCAAUCAUUUUAUAGUUAAGUGAUAGAGCAAUGCUGCCUAAAAAUUGUCACCUCUGAGAUCAGGGGUGUAUUUGUUCUGUUUGGGAUAUAAAUAUACAUAUACAAGGAAACAGGAUGAUGAGUUUGGAUCCAAGAAUUAUUUAAUACCUAUAUAUGGUAUAUUUAAUACCUAUAUAUGGCCAUAUGUACCAUAUAUGGCUUUGUGAAAAACUUUUAAAAGUAAGAAUUUCAGGUAGACUCCAAUGUUCAGGAGUCCCACCUCUCAACAGACUGGGAGCAAAAAAAAGUUUUGGCUAAAUGUGCUCUUUGAAAACUGCUAUGAAUAAAACCAGUGCAACCCACUUUUCCCUGGAACUGCCUAUGGGGUUGUACUAAUGCCACUGGCCUUGAAGUAGCAAAGUUGGGCACAGAGACAAGAGGACAGAGAGCUUGGCCUUCUGAGAUGACUACUGAUGAGCUUUGAAAAGAACUUUAAUCUACCUUCCUUUGCCUCAGCCUAUUUGGAUGAGAAUUGUCAUCAUCCCUGUUUUACUAGUGACAGAACUGACUCUCUAGGAUGGCUUGAGUCUGAAUCCAGACUUUAAAAUACUCACCCACCCUCAAUGAGAUUGUAAUUGUUGAAAAAACAUACAGGUUGCUUUGUGAAAGAGAAUGCAUUGGACAUUCUAACGAACAAUUCUGAAACUUUGAUUUUUUUACAGUUUAAAACAUAAAUGUUCCCAGCAGCUCUGGAGGAUGAGGCAGGAAGAUCACAAAUUCAAAGCUAGCUUUAGCAAUUUAGCAAGGCCCUAAGCAACUCAACGAGACCCUAUCUCUAAAUAAAAUAUUAAAAAGGGACUCAUGUGGCUCAGUGGUAAAGUGCCCCUGGGUUCAAUUCCCAGUACCUAAAUAAAUGUGUUUUCAGAAGGCUGUUGCUGUUUCACACAGACAGGGCCUCAUCAGCCUCAGUCUGUAUAAAUGGCGCCCCUGUAAGUGGGCAAAGCCUGACUUGCUCAAUUGUACUUGGGUUCCUUUUGGGGUUGAUAAAGUUCAUCCCUAAGUUACAGUAGAUUGUUGAUACUUAUUACGGAUUUUUAUUGAGAUGUUCAUGAACCUUCAAAUCCACAAAUAUCAAAAGAGUGUCGAAUGCUGUAAAAUAGAACUUCAUCAGUUAUAGUGACAAACAGAAGUAAGGUCUCAAUGGGAUUCAGAAGCUGGAGAGUUAGCUCAGUUUACUCGCUAACUUGAGGACUUUGCUUCACAGCUCACAGUUUGGGCAGCCUCCAUUUCUAAAUUGCUUCAGGUCCCACAAAUCAUUAUGGUCUGUUUUGAAUAGUUACAACUAAAAAUGAUGAAUACAUAACAACCAGGGUCUUCUUGACAGGCUGACAAAGUUCUGUUGCUUUUUUGUUUUAUUAGCCAAACACAAGUUCAGCAUCUUGACUCCCUGGCCUGUCCUCAAUGUGUGCAGGAGUGAAGCCUCUUCCCUGCCUUUGAUCCCUGCUAGUGAGGAAGCAGCCCCUCCACCAACACUCCCCAAGUGACAGUGUGACCUAAUGAUUCAAAGACUGAUUUCUUCAUUUAUUUUAUUUGUAUUUUUUAGUUGUAAAUGGAUGGACAAUAUCUUUUUAUGUAUUUAUUUUUAUGUGGUGCUGAGGAUGAAACCCAGUGCCUCAUAUAUGUGAGGUAAGCACUCUACCACUUAGCUACAGCCCCAGCCCUUCUUCACUUAUUUUAUCACAGAGCCAACUCCCCACCUUCCUUUCCAGGAACACCUGUUGAAACCUCACAGAAUGAGGCACAGUGUUGGGGGACCAGGCUUGGAUUUGGGGAUCUCCUGGCAGAGAGCCAGCCUGUGCUGCUACCACUGUCCGCAUGAUAGCCCUGAGUCAGGAUGAGCUGGAGCUCUCUGCUCACAGGAAUCCCUCUCUGGAGCAGUCAAAAGCGGACUUUUCCCCAGGAGAGAUCACAAUGAAGAACCUUAAAGAUAAUCAAAAAAUAUUGUAGAUACAGAAGCAAAGACUUUUCCUUUGAGCUUUCUUGUUCAAGUUCUAGAAAGCAGCGAUUUAUACCACAGUCUUCUGAGACCUAAGUAUAUUCCCAGGUAUGGGUAUGGGGAGGAUCACCCUGACCUGCACUGCACAGUCCCUGUCCAGGAGAACUGGAAGCCUAUCUUUCCUGCAGGGUCCCUGUCUGGUCUCAACUUGUUCAUGAAAUUUGAAAUCAUUUGUAAUGGUCGCUUUUUCUGCAAAACAACAGAGUGAAUAAGAACAGAAUAGAAAAAUAUCAAUGCAUCACAUGUUGGUUGGUUUCUUUCCUGGUUCACAAAAUAAAACAUAUCUUUACUGUAA